AUGCAUACAGUACGAAGGCAGGCACAUCGUGUCGCCUCUGGAAGGACAGGAGAUGGCGCCUUGAACUACAACCCUUUUGCCCGUCAACGAGGCAGGGAGACACCAACCGACAUAGAAAACGACAUGUACCGGACACGGUCAGAAGCACACGUCACACCAGAGCUCGAAGCACAGAGGCGACAAGAGGGCAAGGCGGCCGAGGCAGAGUUUCCCAGGCCGGAUCAUCACAACACCGAACCGACCAGCAGGACGCCUUUUGGCAGCGCACCAAGUACGAUUCCGGAAUCUUCUGCUGAAAAAGAAACCGCAUCAGACAGGAAUGGAGUCGGCAAGGAUUCGACCGAAGGUAGCACCGUGGUCAGUGCAUCUAAUGGGCCUACGAAACGGGCGAGGUUCAAGGCCAUCUUCAGGAAAGAGCAUGGGGAAGAUGAAGAGGGCGUAGAGCUUGAGCGUGUCGAGUCGGAGCAGUUGUCGCUUGAAGAGAGGAAGAAAAAGGCGCUCAAGAGAAAGAUUCCAGUCGGCGCGCAGAUUCGGUUCGUCCUAUUCGGAGCGUGGAUCAAUGUACUACUCAUCAUGGUUCCCGUUGGUUUUGCCGUCUACUACGCCCGUCUGGAGCCUGUCCCAGUCUUCAUCAUCAACUUUGUCGCCAUCAUUCCCCUCGCAGCGAUGCUGAGUACCGCAACCGAAGAACUGGCGAUUCGAGUGGGCGAGACGCUGGGUGGGCUGCUCAACGCCACGUUUGGAAACGCCGUCGAACUCAUCGUGUCGGUCCAGGCGCUGAUCAAGAACGAAAUCACGAUUGUCAAGACCUCGCUCAUCGGCAGCAUGCUCUCCAACCUCCUGCUCGUCCUCGGCAUGUCCUUCUUCCUCGGCGGCAUCAACAGACUCGAGCAAUUCUUCAACGUGACGGUGGCGCAAACCGCCGCCUCCCUCCUAGCCCUCUGCAUCGCCUCCCUCAUCAUCCCCACCGUCUUCCACAACAUGAUUGCCGAAGACGCCAUCGUCGACGGCGACGCACUCAAGAACCAAGAACUCUCCCGCGGCACCGCCGUCAUCCUCCUCGCCGUCUACGCCUGCUAUCUCGGCUUCCAACUCAAGACCCACGCAGCCAUGUACAACGCACCCAGCCAAAAAGUGCCCAAGCGCAAAUCCACAAAAAAGGAAGAAGGCGACGCCGCACGCGGCAUCGCCGCCAUUGGCGCCGGAACAGCAGCUGCCUCGGGCGGCGGCGUAAACAUGCACUCCUUACUCCACACCCCAUCCGCCUACGCCAACGCCGACGACGACGAAGACGAAUUCGAAACCCCCCAGCUCUCCGUCGUGGGUGCCCUCAUCACCCUCGCGCUCUCCACCACCCUCGUCGCCUUUUGCUCCGAAUUCAUGGUCUCGAGCAUCGACGGGCUAACGGCCACGGGCGGCGUAUCCACAACCUUUGUCGGACUGAUUUUGCUGCCGAUUGUGGGCAAUGCGGCCGAGCAUGCGACGGCGGUGACGGUAGCGAUCAAGGACAAGAUGGAUUUGUCGAUUGGAGUGGCGGUGGGGUCGAGUAUGCAGAUUGCGCUGCUUGUGUUUCCGGUGAUUGUGAUUUUGGGGUGGAUGUUGGGGAAAGAUUGUAUGACGUUGUAUUUUGAUACGUUUCAGAUUGCGACGUUGUUUGUUUCGGUUUUGUUGGUGAAUUAUUUGAUUCAGGAUGGGAAGUCUCACUGGCUCGAAGGCAUCCUCCUCAUGGCAAGCUACAUCAUCAUCGCCCUCGCCGCCUGGUUCUACCCCAACAUUGAAGAGGGCCAGUGCUAG